AUGACGCAGCUUGGAUAUAUUGCCAUUCUGGUAUUAUGGGCGUGCUCCAUUGCAUUAGCUAUUUCAUGUGGUAACAUAGAAAAUGGGAGUGUAAAGCCACGUGUCUUCUUUCAGAGAAGAAAAAGAACAUUUGAAUGUAAUGCCGGGUAUAUAGCAGAAAAUGACAACAACAGAAUUGAGUGUACUUCUUCAGGAUGGUCUCCUGUACCCAGAUGCAUUCCAAUACAAUGUGGAAGAAUAGAAAAUGGGAAAAUAGUGGACAAAGUUGAAGAAAAAACAACCUUUCAAUGUAAUCAUGGAUAUAAAUCUGAAAAUGGAAUUAAUGAAACUACCUGUACCUCUGAAGGCUGGUCUCCAGUACCCAUAUGUAUUGUUCAAGAGUGUCCACAUCCACCUGACAUCGAUUUGGCAGAAAUUGUCAGUGGGGAGAAAGCAGAAUAUCAGGAGGGUGAUGUUGUUCAGUACAGGUGCUACCCAGGAUACACUCUGGCAGGACCUGAAAGGAUAACAUGCAGUGGAGAAAAAUGGACACCUCCACCAAAGUGCUUGGCUCCAUGUAUUAUCACAAGGCAACAAUUGGAAACAAAAAAAUUGCUUCUGUCCAAUGGCCGAAGACGUACAGUAUUGAUUCAAAGUGACCAAACAAUGGAAUUUCUUUGUGGCGAACAUUCUGACCUUAAAAUCCCCUACCCCAUCAAGUGUGUAGAUGGGCAUAUGGAUUUACCAACUUGUAUAUCUGGAACUGGGGAAAAGUGUGGCCGGCCACCUACUAUUAAGAACGGAGACAUAACUACUUUAUCUCUAAAAGAGUACGUAUUUGGCUCUUCGGUAGAAUACAAAUGCCAGCAUUAUUACAUAAUACAAGGAGAACAGAAAUCAUACUGUUACAAUGGAAACUGGACAAAACCACCAGUUUGUUUAGAGCCAUGUGUUAUCACGCAAGAAGAUAUGAGAUCACACAACAUAGAUCUAAAGUGGGCUUCAGCUCAAAAACUCUAUGUGUCACAUGGAGCUUUUGUAGAGUUUAAGUGUAGAUCCAGUUUGUCUCCAAACUCUUCAAAUAAUCAUAGAGUGCAGUGCAAUGCGGGCCAAAUACCUUAUCCCCAAUGCACUUAG